UCUAAGCUGCCGUAGUCCGAACCUCGCGCAUGCGCCUUGGAGCGUCUCCCUUCCAGUAAUGGCGUCCUCCUAUGCGGUGUGCAGGUUACAUAUGAGGGGACGGGGCAGCCUCGGGAAGUGUCUACAGAGACUCGACACGUUUCUCCACAGAAGUAUCGGAUCUGAUGUUGUGGCUGCGCAGGCGGAGGCGGCUCGAAGGGACGGAAGUGAUGUGAAAUAUGGAUCCAAGUCGCUCUAUGUCGUCCAGGCAGAGAGACAAGAACAAGCAGAGAGAUCUGUUCUCAUCAGCUGCCACUCCAGAACCAAUGAGAAGAAGUUUCUCAAGGAUUUAUCCAAACAUGGCGACAUCAAGAAACACUUCUUCUAUGAAAGCUACGGCGUUUAUGCUGUGGUGGAGUUUUCCAGCCAGGAAAGUGUUGCCUCAUUACUUGAAGGUGCCAACAUCCCCACUGUCAGCCAUGAAUCCAUGGUGCCUUUUAAAUCCAGACUAUUGUCACUGAGGAACUUCAACUCUGUGGACUCAUCAAACCAGCAGGCAGGACAACAGAGGCAACCACAAACCACCCCUCCCAUCAAUGAGCUCAUGCAGAGACUGUCCAGAGAGGAGAGUAUAGACCAUCAGAUAACCCACCUGACAGAAUCCUACCAACUAACAGAGGAGAACAUCAGGCUGCGUUUCCUCGUCUGCUCUCUGCUCAAAGACAUCGCUGCCGCUUAUUUCCCAGAAUGCACCAUCAAACCAUUUGGCUCGUCGGUGAACGGCUUCGGUAAGCUGGGCUGUGACCUGGACAUGUUUCUGGACCUGGAUGGCAUCAGUGGAAGGAACGUAAAGAUGCCAAAAUCCGGUCUAUCCCUGGAGUAUCAGAUGAAGAGGGCCAGCUCGGAGCGCGCUGUCACCCAGAGCAUCCUCUCCGUCAUCGGGGAGUGUGUGGACCAGUUUGGGCCGGGAUGUGUCGGGGUGCAGAAGAUUCUCAACGCCAGGUGCCCCCUGGUCCGUUUCGCCCACCAGCCCUCUGGCUUUCAGUGCGACCUUACAGCCAACAACAGGGUGGCGAUGAAAAGCACAGAGCUGCUCUACCUAUACGGAGAGCUGGACCCGCGGGUGCGCUGCCUCGUGUUCACCAUCCGCUGCUGGGCCCGAACUCAUGGCCUCACCAGCAGCAUCCCCGGCGCCUGGAUCACCAACUUCUCCCUCACCGUCAUGGUGGUGUUCUUCCUGCAGAGGAGGAACCCUCCAAUCCUCCCCACACUGGACCAACUCAGAGAGCUUGCAGGUCCCGCAGACAAGAGCGUGAUUGAAGGUAACGACUGCACGUUUGUCAGCAACUUCAGCAAGAUCCCGCUCCACAGCAACACGGCAACACUAGAGCAGCUCCUUUGUGAGUUCUUUGACUUCUACGCCACCUUUCCAUUCAGCAAGAUGUCCAUAAAUAUCAGAAAGGGUAAAGAGCAGAACAAGCCAGAGGUGACGCCGCUGCACAUCCAGAACCCGUUCGAAACCUCCCUGAACGUCAGCAAGAACGUCAACGCCUCCCAGCUCGACCGCUUCGUGGCUUUGUGUCAGGAGAGCACCUGGCUGCUCCAGCAGAGGGAGAACAACACACCCAGACGUCACACUGAGGGCAACACUACCGGACCUUGGGGACUGGUUCAACUCCUCAUGCCCUUACAGGUCGCAGGGGUCAAAAGUCGCAAGGGAAAGAGACGAGAGGCGGCCAGUGAGAGGAUUAAGAGCUUGUUAGAAUCCUUAAAGAAUAAAAAUUAGCAAUAGAUGAGCUACGACUCGAUGAGAAUCUCAGAAACAAGCUCCAUCUUCUCAUCGUUUCUUCAUCCAGUGCCCCCGUUUUCCUCUGAUGUCAGCAGGAGCAUCCUCUGCAGUGCUUCCAUGUGCUGGACUGUAGUUCCCAACAUGAACACUGGAGGGUGUUGCUGAGGCUGGUAUAAUGUGUGGGACCUCGAAUAAGGGAGUGGUUACUGUAUUCUACUUUGGACUUAACCUACUCUGUUGUAAUCAAAGACAAUACUGAGGAAAGUGAUGCAAGUACGACCUGAUGCUAAUGCAGGAGACUGUAGAUUCACAUGCUAUUUUCAAUGAAAGUGUGUGUAACAGACGCUGAUUUUCAACAUCACCUGUUUACACUUGACAUCACUGUGUGUUCUGUGUUCUGUUUUGUUGAUGUUAAUAUAUAUAGAAGUAAAUAAUGAGACUUUUAUGGCAAACUGAAAA